AUGGAGCCACUAUAUCUCCCGAACCUCGAGGAACGGACACUGGCCAGAUUCGAUGAUCUCGCCAAAAAAGAAAAGAUAUUCUACAAGGAAGCCAUCUCCGAAUUGAUCACAGUCAGCGGAUUUCAUUUUCAAUUCAUCGUCGCCGGUAUACUGAAAAGGAAACCAAUCCUUCCUGCCAAUGCGCCCAGUAGAUCAAAAGUUGGCGGUCCGUUUGUGAAUCCAGAUCCAGAGGAAGUUGUGACGGACCUGGGUUCCACUCAUCGUCUGCUAGUGAACAAGUAUGGCAUCUUUCGGCCAAUGACUGUUAUACCGACUAGACACUAUGCCCUUCAGACGGAUGAUCUUGAUCUUUCGGAUAUCAAUGCGGCAUGGUCUGUCUUGAAGGCAUUCCAGACUCCAUCUUUGAUUAUUUACAAUUGCGGUAUCAACGCCGGAUCGUCUCAAGGUCACAAGCAUACUCAGGUGUUUCCCUUGCCCACUCAUCCACUGUGGCCUUUGGAAGCUGCGUCCUGUGACGCCAUCUCCACUGAUAUCAAGCAUGUGCCUUUCAAGCACUAUGUUCUUCGGCUACCAGCACAUGCCGAUGCAAACACUGUCUACGAGGCAUACCUUCGCCUUCUCAGAUCAUCUCGCGAAGCACUAGUGAGAUCAGGCGAAGGCAGUCGAGAUUACAAUGUAGCCAUAACUGCAGACUGGAUUGCCGUUAUACCUCGUCGGACCAGCGAUGGACCUUACGGAGCUAAUGCUGCCGGCAUGCUGGGCAUUAUAUAUCUACCCGACAGGGAAGAAAGAGACAAAUGGUCUCAGCUCGGUUAUACAAAGCAACUCGUGGCCUUUGGUAUACCGAUUGAUGCGUGA